CAAAGUAAAGAAAGAAAAGCACGGCUUACCGUAGGCCCCGCCAUACUGCAUCACCCCUUCAUUUGGAUUUUGCGGGUUCGCGAACCCGGUGGAAGCCAUGGCGCGAAAGCAGUGAUAAUAUCUAAAAUAUCUCUAUCGAUAGAUGCCAGACAAGGACAGGCAGAAUGGCGCAAUCUGAGUGACGGCGACCAGUCGCAGUGUCGAGAUGGAGACGCUCUGAGAUGGAGAUACACCGACGCAGGGGAUCAGAUCAUGGAAGCUCUGUCAGGGUUCAAACACAUGAUCCCGUUAGCACUCGCUGCUCAGCGAAUUCAGGACCAGAACAGCAUUCAAUGCUCACCACGAGGAAGGUCCGCUAUCCAGAUAAGAGCGAUCGCGGAGAGGCCAGGGCAGGCAAUCGACGACAGGACACCGACAACCCGGGAAUUG